AUGGAUGUUAAGCAGGCUCCUCACGUUGAGACGCCGGUUGAGGAGAGCAGCUCGGACGCGUCGAUUCCGAGCGAGACACCGAAGAAACUAUCAUUAUGGAGGCGGUUUCUCGGCUUGAUUUGGGAUACAUUCGAUGGGGAUCCUGAGGAAAGGCGGUUUGUUCGCAAAGUGGAUUACUUUCUAUUUUCUUAUGUCAUGUUGGGAUACUUUAUCAAGUAUCUGGAUCAGCAGAACUACUCAAAUGCAUUUGUCAGUGGAAUGCAAGAAGAUCUCGAAAUGUACGGCAACGAGCGAAACCUACUAGUCACGUACUUCAACGUCGGUAUUAUCCUGGGCACGAUCCCCUCGCAGCUAAUCCAGCUUCAAUAUGUCCGACCGUCGAUAUGGAUACCUAGUUGCGAGUUGGCCUGGUCAAUCCUGGUGAUGGCCAUGGCCGGCGCAAAGAAUUCCAAAACCUUAUAUGCCCUGCGCUUCUUUGUCGGUCUGUUGGAGUCGUGCAGCUUUCCCGGAUACGCUGCCUUGCUAGGGAGCUGGUACGGCCCAACGCAGCUCGCAAAACGGGUUGCAUUGUUCGAGCAGUCCAGUGCAAUCGCCAGCAUGUUCAGCGGAUAUCUCCAAGCUGCACUGUAUACGGGAAUGAACGGGAAAUCAGGGUUAAAAGGAUGGCAGUGGCUGUUCAUCUUCGACGCGAUCAUCUCCAUCCCGAUUGCUGUCUUGGGGUAUUUUGCUAUUCCCGAUCAUCCCAGUACAACGAAGGCAUUCUGGCUGAAGAAGCAGGACCGAGAGUUCGGCGUGCAGAGGGAAUCUAAUAUGGGCCGUGCUCCGUCUGCGAAAUUAACGUGGAAGAAACUGCGCAAGAUAUACACUGGAUGGCAUCUAUGGGCAUUUAUCUUCCCCUACCUAAUGGUAGCCCAGGCAGGCCAAGGCUCCGGGUUCUUCAACCUCUGGCUAAAAGACCAGGGCUAUACGACAGCGCAAAUAAAUACAAUUCCUACAGCCGGAAACGCAAUCAGCGUCAUUGCAUCUCUAGUCUUCGGCACAAUAGCAGAUCGCACCGGAACGAGGAAGGAGACAUGUGCUGUUGUUUGUGUCAUCGUCAUUGUCUCCAAUAUCAUGCUCUCGGUGUGGGAUAUUCCCAGGCCAGCGCUGCUCUUUGCCUUCUUCUUGUCGUUUGUUUCUGCUGCAGCCCAGCCGCUUAUUAUUGCCUGGGGCCAGGAAGUCACCCAAGAUAACGCGGAGCUACGGCAGAUGCUAGUUGCUACUGGGAACAUCUUCACGUAUACAUUCAUGGCGUGGGUCCCGCUCGUGGCGUUUCCGACGUAUGAUGCGCCGCAUUAUAAGUACGGCUACCAGAUUCUGAUUAUGUUUGGGGGUCUUGCCAUCGUUGGGGUUUAUCUUUUUGGGUGGUUGGCUGAGUGGGAUAGGAAAAAACGGGCUGCUCGGGCUGCUACCGGACAGGGCGAACCAGCAAGAGAAGGUGAAGUUGAAGACGCAGUGGACACUCGACAGUCGGUAUGA